AUGGCUUCCAACCCAAACAACGGCCAGCGAACCCUGGAUUCAUGGUUUUCAGCUCGGCCAUCUUCGCGGCCAGUCGCUUCUUCAUCUGAGCAAACGUCUUCAUCGAGACAAGCUUCUUUAAACCAGCAUCCGUACGCAUCAGUCAACGGACGUAACGACCCUUACAGGCGGGGUACGGCGCUUGCAGCCACGGCCAAGGAGACGCGGAUAGCUCUCCCCAACAUCCUUUCUCAGUUACCAAACAUCCAUGCCAGCAGAUCCGAGGCUCUUUUCUAUAGCAAGCUACCUGCCCUCAAGGCUAUCGAUUGUCCUAGGAGAACACCGUCAGGAAAGACAACAAUCAAGAUCGUCAAUGAUGACAGUUUCAACGCUGCUAUCAGCCUCGCAUCUUCCAAGAGUCCAUCUUCAGGUCGUGUAGCCGUGUUGAACAUGGCUAGCCACAGCAGUCCUGGCGGAGGAUGGUUGAAAGGAGCACGCGCACAAGAGGAAGCUCUGUGCUAUCGAAGCUCGCUGUAUCUUUCACUCCAUCGACGGUACUACCCUUGGAAGCAGCGGAUGGGGCUCUAUUCCCCAGAUGUCGUCAUUAUCCGUUCUGAUCAAGACUCCGGACAUAACCUUCUUGUGCCGAAUGUUCAGCCCAGUGAUCUUCCCGUCGUUAGCAUUCUCAGCAUCGCCGCUUUACGCACGCCCGACGUCAGCAACGUUGUCGUCAACACACCUGGCGGUUCUGUCACCGAACCCAUCUUUGCGAAACCUGGCGACCGUGAACUCACCAAGCUCAAGAUGAGACUAUGCCUGCGAAUGGCAGCACAGCGAAACCACGGAUUGCUUGUGCUUGGUGCGCUGGGAUGCGGUGCGUUUAGGAAUCCGCCAAAGGAGGUGGCUCGCUGUUGGCUGGAGGUGCUGAAGGAACCUGAGUUCCAGGGCGGUUGGUGGGAGGAGAUCUGGUUUGCUGUGUUUGAUAAGAGAGGUGAGGGAAACCUGGAGAUUUUCGAGGAGAUACUUGAUGGUGUUGAGGUUUAA